UUGAAAACGAAAAUAUGGAAAGUCAGCCACCAAAAAAAAACACCGGACAGAGUAUCUGACUUAUUCAACACACACUACCUAUGGGGUAGUGUGCCGCUACUGACAAGGUCUUCAAGUUGUUUCUCAGGUACGCUAAAGCAGUAGGCCAAAUCCGAACCUUUGACUACCAUGAAGAUCUCAGGAGUUUCGCUGGACCUGAGCGCAACAGAAUAUGGAGUAACCCUGGACCCUACGUUCACCAUGCUGGAGUUUGACGGUCUCCGUGUUCUCCCUGUACAAACAGAGUCACUUAUACUCAACCCAAUGCCUGCAUUAGUACCAACGCUCAGUCUCCAGCAGAACAGUGUGAAUCUCUGUGCCAUCUGCGCAGACAGGGCAACAGGAAAACACUACGGUGCGUCCAGCUGCGAUGGAUGCAAGGGCUUCUUCAGAAGAAGCGUACGCAAGAAUCACGCCUACACAUGCAGGUUCAGCAGGCAGUGCGUGGUUGACAAAGACAAAAGGAAUCAAUGUAGAUACUGCAGACUUCGAAAGUGCUUCAGAGCUGGCAUGAGAAAAGAAGCUGUCCAGAAUGAGCGAGACCGUAUAAGCAGUCGCCGAGAAGCCCAAGGAGUGGGGACCCUCACCAUCGAUGUGUUAAUGCAGGCAGAGGCCUGCACACAUCAGCAUCCCUCUCUUAACCCUAUGAGGAACAUCAACGCUAAGAAGAUAGCCAACGUAGGAGACGUGUGUGAAUCUAUGAAAGAGCAGCUCCUCCUCCUAGUGGAAUGGGCGAAGCGCAUCCCUGAAUUCAGUGAGCUUUCAGUGGAUGACAGGGUGGCACUGUUAAGAGCUCACUCAGCAGAGCACCUCAUCUUAGGGGUCACUCGUCGUUCGCUGCCCUACAAUGACGUUAUUCUGCUUGGAAAUGACUUCAUCAUUCCUGUAAGAGGCGUCGAGCUGGAGAUGUCUAAACUAGCGACUCGUGUCUUGGAGGAGCUGGUGAGACCUCUGAAAGAGCUGAGCAUCACAGACACUGAAUUUGUCUGCCUCAAAACCAUCGUGUUCUUUGCUCCAGAUUGUCCAGGACUGCAUUGCUCCCAGGCGGUGCGCCAGUUGCGAUUUCAGGCCCAGCUGCUGCUGGAUGAGGCCACGAGCGAGCAGCGAGGGCGGUUCGGAGAGCUUCUGUUGUUGCUAACCACUCUUCAGAGUGUGGCCUGGCAGAUGGUGGAACAGCUGCAGUUAGUGCGUCUGCUGGGCAAAGCCAACGUGGACAGCUUGCUUAUGGAGAUGCUACUUGGAGAAGAGGCGGCCAGAGGGUCGGAAUCACUGCAUGUCCCAGACUCAAAUCCCGAGCCACUUAUAUUCACCACACCGACAGAGCCGGUUCUCACCAGAGAGAUUCUGCCAGAGCAUAUCACAAUGCCUAACUUCACCUCAGUCAUCCACCCAGUACCCUCCUCUCUGCCCGAAGAGCCCUUGCUACCCACACAUGCUGUGCCUGAGGUCUUCACACAUGGACAACCAGCAGACAUGCCAAGAGAAAUGGCCAACAGUCUCGCCAUCCCAACUGUCCACACAUGCCUUUAACCAAAGUUACUGAACAGUGACAGUCACAUACACACACUGGAAAAUGUCCUACGGUAUACUGUAAACCCAACACACUCAUAACACUGAUAUACACAUGUGCAGACAGACACUAAAAAUAGGAAAGCCACUGUUAUGUACACAAAAGAAAGGAAAGAGUUAUAAUUCAACUUCUGAUGACUGUAAAACAAUUCAAAUAUUUCAAUCUAAGCAAUACAUUUCAUUACACUUAAAGAAGGUUGUGUGAUGCUCUAACAGUGUGAAUAUUUUACAGUGAGUGAAAAAUUAACAGACAAUAAAGUUUUUACGCUAUAUAAAAUACCACCUAAUGAGA